UGAAAUCAGUUGUCAUUUCAAUCGUAGUUGAUUGCAAAUCGCCUGCAAGGAUUGCCUUAUUCCCCGUUUUCGUGAUAUAUAUUCGGUGAUAUAGUCCUGAAACUAUGUUUUCGUCGCGUAUUUUUUCGAUAACAACCUGUCUCGCCCGAAAUCAUCACUCGAUUGCUUCAAUUCCAUUAAAAUCUAACCUGAAGCAAGGUUAUGUGUCCCGUCGAAUUGGAUUUGCGCUUAGAACUUUGGCAACAGAACCUGGAAAAUCCAGUCCAGAUAAACCAGAAUUAAUCUACCAUGGCUCCUUAACAUCUCGAAUGAAGGCAGUGAAAGUCUUUUCCCUCACAACGAGCCUCACAGGAUUAGCAGCGCAACCUGUCAUCUACGAACAAGCCGGCAAACUCGGUGGGACCCCGAUCAUAGUUUUGAUGUGCGGAUUUGUUGGGUUUUUCACCUUUGUAACGCCGGUCCUGCUGCAUUUUAUAACGAAAAAGUAUGUCACGCAUAUACAUUACAAUCCGAGCACAGAGGAAUAUACAGCCACAACGAUAUCAAUCUUCUUGACAAAGAUUGAGACAAAAUUCAAGGCGUCAGAUGUGAAAGUGCCAGACGUGCCAGGAAUGUUUACCUCAUUUGUAGUAGGCAAAGUGCCGCUCUUCGUCGAGCCCACAAUGUUCUCCGACACUGAACACUAUGUGAAAAUCAUGGGCUACGACAAGCCAAUCGAUUUCAGACUCAACAAAUCUGAACCAAUCGAAAGUAAUCGCAAAGGCGGGACUAAUAAUUAGCGUUUCAUUCAAAGCGACAUCCCGCCUGGGUAUGUUUCCAGCACGACAGCAAACUUCACUCUAUUUUGGUUCAUGCCGUGGACACUCAUUGCAGGUUAUGAGGUAGCUUUGGAUUCGUUUGUUUCAGUAUGGGCGGCACGGAUU